UGACGUCAGAUCUUUCUCCGCUCGCACGCGCUACCGUUGCGCUGUUGAGGACCGGUGUCCACUGGAAAACAAACUUAAACAUAAAUAAAGACGAAAUAAUACUAAUAAUAAAGAAAUAAGAAAAACUCGGCGCUAGAAUCAUGGCCACGACGUUUGAGCAAAUGAGAGCCAACGUGGGCAAACUGCUGCGAGGAAUCGACAGGUAUAAUCCAGAGAAUCUGGCCACACUGGAGCGAUACGUGGACACACAAGCGCGAGAGAAUGCGUACGACCUGGAGGCAAACCUGGCUGUUCUCAAACUGUACCAGUUUAAUCCACCAUACUUCCAGACCACAGUGUCGGCACAGAUUCUGCUCAAGGCUCUCACCAACCUGCCUCACACAGACUUCACACUGUGCAAGUGUAUGAUCGACCAGACCCACCAGCAAGAGGAACGUCCGAUAAGACAGAUCCUGUAUCUCGGUAACCUGCUGGAGACGUGUCACUUCCAGAGCUUCUGGACAAGUCUGGAGGAGAACAGAGAUCUGAUCGAUGGAAUCACAGGAUUUGAAGAAUCUGUGAGAAAGUUCAUCUGUCACGUGGUGGGAAUCACAUAUCAGAACAUUGAGUAUCGACUUCUGGCUGAGAUGUUGGGAGAUCCUCUGGACACUCAGGUGAAGGUUUGGAUGAAUAAAUACGGCUGGACGGAGAACGAGGACGGACAGAUAUUCAUUCAUAGCCAAGAGGAAAGUGUCAAGCCCAAGAACAUAGUGGAGAAAAUCGACUUUGAGAGUGUAUCCAGCAUCAUGGCUACAUCGCAGUAACACACACGCACAUGUUUCCUGAUGUUCCCCUUCAUUGAAAUUUGCAAUAAAGUCAUUUUAAUAAAGAGA